AUGCUGGGCAAGCAGUACGAGAAGGGCGUCGACAUCAAGGUGCUGCGACGGCUGAUGGAGGAGUCCUACAACCGGAGCCCGGGAGAGAGGCAGCGGCGCAGGCUGGAGGAGGAGCAGCGCAAGAAGCAGGAGCUUGAGGAGGCUGAGGAAAAGAAGCGCGAGUUGUCUCAGAUCGGUUUCCGUCAGAAGUCCGCGAAGCUGAAGACCCAGAAAUCCAAGGACUUCCACUGA